AUAUGUUUUGGACGAUUUUGCACAUCAGUGCAAUUCUCCCACGAAGAACAGCCAGCAAAUUGGGUUCUGCUAACACCAUACACCCCUCUAAGAGCAGCUGAUGGUGAUGUUCUUCAUGGGAAGUUUCGAUCUCCCAUUCUUGAGGAAACAGAAGGAAAGGCGCUUGUUAGAGCCAACGCUGUGUUGGAGAAGGUCAACAUGGUCCACAACUGCGAUCACAGAUGUGCCUUCACCAUCACUGAUCAUCACUGUGCUGAAGAAAGAGAGAUGGUAACAACAGAAAGGUGUGUCUUUCAGCAUGAUAUGGCUAACAAAACAUAUCUGAUAAACAGAUUUUAUCUUGGUGAGACAUGGAAAUACAUUCCCGACAUGGCUCAGGAUUGA